GGUCACUAGCCCCGAGAGUAAUGCAGCGGAGUUUUGCCGACGAAAAUUACAGCGGUGUCGUCGCGAACGCGAAUCUCGCGACUCGCGGUUUACAAUCCGAGUAUCAGUGAUAAAAAAUUUUCUAAUCCUGCUUGUAUUAUUACUGUAAUAAAUAAAUAUAUUAAAUGACUGAACUAAUGACUAAUACAUAUAAAUAAAUAGUGAAUUUAAAAAUAUGUUAAUUGAAUAAAAGUUAUGAUAAAAGUGUCGUCGAAGAAUAAAAAAUAAUCAAGAAAGAGUCACACCUCGAUGAUACGAAUAAUAUAUCUAUUCUCCGGCUUGUAUUCACUGUCUCACUCAUUCUCAUUUCACUUAACAUAUAUAUAUACAUAUAAACUUUUUUUUUUUAUUGAUAAUGUAAUGCGCCAUUAACAUUUCAGCAUGACAAUAUUAUAUUUUAUUUAAAUAUAAUAAGCGGUAUAUAUUUAUAAUAAACUGAUGAACGAGGGCUUGAUAAGAUGAGAAGGUUAUGUUGACGUUAAUGAACUGGAGAAUGUCAAGAAGCUAAAUAAUGUCAGCGACUCAAUAAGCUGUCAGUCAAUUUCAUUUUUAAAAUCAAAAUUUUAUUUCCCUCAUGACCUAGACAAUAUUUUAAAAGUUGACAACCGAAUCCUGUCAGUUUUCAGUGAGUGCUGUAAUUAUUGAUUUCAUUUUGUUGAUAAAUUAUAAAAAUAUAUGUGAAGAAUUUAAAUUAUGAAAUUUUAAAUAUCUCGUAAUUGUGAGUAAUUUUAAAAAUCUAGUGAAAGUACUUGAAGAUUUAAAAACCAGUAAUUAUUACGUGAAAGUUAUAUAUUUUUUUUAGAUUUGUAAUUGUAGUUUAUGAAUUAUUGAAGACUAAUCAAAAGUUAAAUUUAUGUAAGAGACGUAAUAAAAAUUUUAAAUUAAUUAAUAAGUGAUUUUAAUUAUACUGUGAAGUUUUAAAGUUGAUAAAGUUGUCAGUUGUUGUAUUGAAUGUGAAAGUUUUGGAGGAAGAAAAUAAAAAAAAAACAAUAUUCCUAACCUGCUGGACGAUGUGAGGGACGAGGAGGAAGAAGAGGUGAAGAGGAUGCUGAAGAAGAAAUUUAUUUAUCGGCGGAGUAAAUUAAAGUACGGCCGAUAAAAGUUGAUAUUCGCCGGCUGUAAAGCGCACGAUUUAUCAAGGCUAAAUAAAAUAUAAAAGUGUUGCUCCGAGUUACCCAGGUUGGAUCGAGAAGAGUGAGAUGUGAGUCAACUAGACUGAGGGAUGUCAGAGAACCCGGUCAGCAAUCCCGAAGAGGGAGAGAGCUCUCCCUAUAUCGGAUCAUCGUCUGCAAGUAAAAGUCCUGGUGCUACAGCAGAGCGCCUUGAUAAGAAAGUCGAGCUGAAAAAUUCAUCAGAGUUUAAAAAUUCAAAGGAAAAGGAUGAUGUCAACUCUACGUCACAUUCUCGAAGGUCAUCUAAAGAAUGCGAACAGGUCGAAGGUGUCCUUGAUGAAACAGCACAAUCACCAAUGCAGCGUGCAACAAAAUCUGUACGUUCUGAAGCUCCGGAGGUUUCUAAAGUGGAAGAAAUACUUGUAGACCCAAAGACAUCGAUGACAGAGGAAGCUGAAGAAAAUUUGGAAAUAAAUCAAACGUCAUCAACAGUAUCCGGCUGCCGAAGCGAAGAUUCAGAGCUGGGGAUCGCCGGUCCAGCAACAGCUGCCGAAAAUGUGUUGCACGAUGAUGAAUUGUUGGAUCCACCCAAAGACCAGGCAGAGACGGUUGCCGAGUGGAUGGAGCGCUCGUCUCUCCAUGAUACUAAAAACACCCUCAAGAACUCUAAAGAGUUGUCUGUUCAGCCCGCAACCACGGCGACUCGAAAGUCCCAGCGGAUCGUGACAAACAUAAUAAAACGGAGUAUAAAAUGUUUGAACAAGAUGCACGCGAUGGAGUGCGCCUCGAGCCCUGGUAACAAAACCGUAAAUGACAAGAAAGACGAUACUACUACUGGGGAUUCACCAAAGGUACCGCAGAAUCGUCAGAACGGAGCGGCAUUACCGGAGGAAACGACCACUCCAGCGUCAGUAACUACUGGACGGGUUAAAGUUGAAAGACUUGCCAACAGUUUGGUUAAAAAGGAACGUCAGUCGGAUGAUGAGGAUUGUAAUCAAGUAAAGAAGAAAUCGAGAACGGUAGCUAGUAAAGAAACACGCAAGAGACGUUCUACUGAUGAGACGUCGUUUUCUACAAAUGGUAAUCCCAAAAGAAUAUGCUUUGAACAGAGAGAAAGGUUCAUUGACUCUCUUGUUGGCUGCGACAGAAUCACCGCCGAGGAAUUGGCGACCAGAGCAGAUGAGUUACGAGCUGAAGUUCAGGCACUGGAUGAGCUUGCGAGAGCCAAAGAAAUGGAGUGGAAUGAAAUUCUAAGCAUGAGGAAACUGAAAGAAGAAGCUUACCUGAGGGUUGAGAGAAAGAGACAAGUGAUGGGUUAUCUAGAGAACAAUAAUGGUCAGAUAUCUGACAGUUUACCACCAGCGAGUCUUUCGUUGAUGCCUGAGUGGGCUGAGUCCCAUCGAGAAGCCAGUCAAGAACGCCGGGCUCAAGAGACACCAAGUGCUACUGAAGUUAUUCAUGACGAGAGAGUAAACUCGAGAUCCCGGAUAGAAGCAUCCCGUGAAGAUUCUCAAACUAUGGAGGAGGAUAUUUCACCAGCUAUUUCUAAAGGUGAUGAUGAGGUGGCGAAUUUGAGUCAAAAGUCCUCGAGGAAUUCUUCCGGAAUGUCUUCCAAACACAAUCAGCAGCAGCUUAUUGAUGGACGUAAGCAGAGACGUUCUGCUGCUGAGCAAAAUUUAGAUAACAGGCAAAUUGGCGAGGGCAGACAAGGACCGAUUGUUGAUGUAAGAUCAAUUAUCGCUGACUAUCGACUGCGUCAUCCGGAGACGGUGCCUCGUCGUGGCAGAAGAAUGAGAAAUUCUGUAAAUGUAAAUCUCGGCGCUGGUGGUGCGAUGGUCGAAACAAGUCACGGAGACUCGCGACCAUCGAGCACUGACUCUUGUAAAAGUAAUUCGAAUAUCGGUGAUGUUAACAAUCCAAUGAGUUUCAAAGAUGUCCUCGUGCAAUUCGCCAAACUUAGUCAACAGCAGGGUGAACCUGUCAAGACACCGCAGAAUUAUCCAGACGUAACCUUGCAUCCUGUCGCCCCGACGUCUGUCACCAUAAAUCCAGCAGCACCUACCCAGCAAACUGGAUCACUUCUUCACGGAAUAUUGACUAAGAAUCAAACUCCCCGACCUACAACAUUCUCGCCAACUCUCGCCAGGUUAUUAACGGCACCGGAGAGAGAAAGAAACUCUGCGGCAACGGCUGCAGUGAUGAGUCAACAAAUAACCCACGGGCAAAAUCUUCUCCAAGCUUAUCAAGGAACCAAUCCCGUUUCUAUCAGUGAUCUUCUUUCUUCUUCCAAGGCGCGAACAGAAAUAACAAUUACUCCAGUAGUCAACACUCAAAUGCCGUCUACGCACUUGAACAACGUCGUUCACGUGGAUGAUGUUGAAGAGGACAAUUCUCUUAUUGAUGAGAGAGAUACCAGACGAGGUUCAAGUGCCCGUGAUAAUCGGGAGGAUCGUGAUACCCCACCUCGUUGUCAAGGAUGUCACGACCGUGCUGCUCAGUUUGUUUGUGCUGGCUGUGGUAAUCAAUGGUAUUGCAGUCGUGAAUGCCAGGUUUCCGCUUGGGAUGAACAUUCAGAAGUGUGCUCUGGUUAGCAUUAACAGCCAUCUUCUCGACAGUGCUCAUAAUAAAUCGAGAAGAAAAUCCUGAAUUAAUGGGAAAAUAAAUCUAGUCAGGGGAAAGAGAUAAAAAAAUGAUAUUGUUUUUUAAAGACAACUACGAGCGUCAUGAUGUUGAUAAGAGUAUUAAUUUAAUUUUAUACGGCCUCCAGUUGAUAAAAGUUAGAUUUUUAAAUAUAAACACGUUAUUAUUUUUUUAAUUAGCGUCGAACAAACAAUAUUAUUAUUUUUAAUUUGGAUUAAUACUUUUUUUAAAUAACAGCCUCAAAAUUUCCAGGUGAAACUACUAUUUAUAAUUAAUUAAUUAUUUUAUUAUAUUGUAAAUUAAGUUUUAUUAUUUUUAUUUGUUAAUGUUUAUUAUCAUUAUUAUUAAUUUUUUAAGUAGAUAUAUAUUUUUAAAAAGAAGAAAUUUAAGUUUGCAAGCAGGUUCUGGCAUUUUUGAGGCUGAUAAAUUCAGCGGUAAGAAGACUUAUAAAAUUUUAAACUCGAAUUCUUUUAAAUAAUUUAUGAAAAUACUUGAGUUUAUUUUAUUUUUUAUUUUAUUUAUUCUUAUUAUUAUUAUUAUUAAUAUAAUAAUAAAAAUAUUUGUUACCAAGUCUAAAUAUAAUAAUUAAAAUAAUAUAUAUAAGAGAUAGAAAAAAAAGCACUCGAUUCAAUGGAAUUGUCGAUGAUAAUUAGAUUUUAAUAAAACUUUUGUAAACUUUAGUAUAUUUUUAAAAAUCGAUAAUUCUUAUUGCGUAAGUGUUAAUUAUUAAUAAUAAGAUAAAAUAAUUAUAUAUUAAUUUUAAAAUAAGGUUC